AGGGGGCGCACAAACAGUCGGGGGUGGCCCGGUCCUUAACUUAACUUAAACAACUUCCCCCCCUCCCCCUCCCCCGACCUCAUUCUGGACUUACCUUUUUGUUCUUUCUUUUUUUUUUAUUUUUUUUUUUUUAUUUACAGCUCCAUCCAUCCAUCCUGUGGAUUGAUUCAGUUGGGAUAAAAGAGGAGGACUAAGAAGAAGAAGAAGAAAAGGAGGAGGAGGACCAACCAGGUGGCUGUCAGAUGGAGCACCGAGGCUCCUGGAGGAGCUCAGGGCGCACGGCGGACCCGCAGUGACCGCUUGUGGAUGGACGCUGCUCCCCGGUGGUCCAGGCUGUCCCCAGCACGGCUAUGACGGGCCCCCAGGAACCAGACCUGCGUGAGCAUCACGGGGGAGGUGCGCCGGAGGACGGCGAUGAAGACGAGGAGGGCGGGGAGAGGGUGCACGUGUCGGUGGAGGGAGAGGAAGGGAGGGAGGAAGACGCCAAGGAGGAGGAGGAAGAGCUUCCGUAUCCGACUCUAGCUCCUGUGGUUCUCUUAGCUCUCACCCAAACCAGCCCGCCGAGAUCCUGGUGCCUGCGAGCCGUCUGCCACCCAUGGUUUGAGCGCGUGAGCAUCUUGGCCAUCGUCCUCAACUGUGUGACUCUGGGAAUGUUCCAGCCCUGUGACGACACACACUUCCUGCUGCAGGCGCUGGACGAUGGCAUCUUUGUGUUUUUCGCCAGCGAAAUGCUGGUCAAGAUGGUGGCUCUUGGGGUCAUAGGUCACAACGGUUACCUGGGAGACACGUGGAACAGACUGGACUUCUUCAUUGUAAUCGUGGGGAUGUUGGAGUACUCUCUGGAAGGACACAACGUCAGCCUGUCGGCCAUUCGGACCGUUCGCGUUCUCCGCCCACUGAGGGCCAUCAACAGAGUUCCCAGCAUGCGCAUCCUGGUCACCCUCCUCCUGGACACCCUCCCCAUGCUGGGCAACGUGCUGGCGCUCUGCUUUUUUGUCUUCUUCAUCUUCGGCAUUGUGGGCGUGCAGCUGUGGGCGGGGCUUCUGAGGAACCGCUGCUUCAUUGGGGAAGAUAUCAAGACGAGAUACAACGUCUCCUUCCUGAGUGUUUACUACCGCCCGAGCGCCACGGACGACCACCCCUUCAUCUGCUCCACGGAGCGAGACAACGGCAUGCUCCGCUGCUCAGACGUGCCCCGCCGACGGGUAGGCGGGACUUCCUGCUACCUGGGCGCCGAGGACGGGCGGCCGGAGAGGGCGCCGCCGGGGCCGGGGCCGGGAACCGGGGUGACGUGUGUGAACUGGUACCAGUACUACAACGAGUGUCGUGCUGGCGAGACCAACCCUCACAAAGGAGCCAUCAACUUUGACAACAUUGGAUAUGCAUGGAUUGCCAUUUUUCAGGUAAUUACACUGGAAGGCUGGGUAGACAUCAUGUAUUACGUAAUGGAUGCCCACUCUUUCUACAACUUUAUCUACUUCAUCUUCCUCAUUAUAGUGGGAUCCUUCUUCAUGAUCAACCUGUGCCUGGUCGUCAUAGCAACCCAGUUCUCUGAGACCAAGCAGCGGGAGCACGCCUUGAUGAAGUCGGAGCAGCGCGCCCGCCAGCUCCACCAAUCAGCUUCCACGCUCGCCAGCGACAGCCAACCGGGCAGCUGCUACGAGGAGAUCAUCCGCUACCUGGCCCACCUGGGCCGCAAGGCGUGGCGCCGCCUGUCCCGCCUCGUGGCCCGCGCCGCCCCGCACCUGCGCUGCGCGGGCGUGUGCCGGCGGGAACUUGGCGUCAGCCCCCAAGGGGCCGGGGCCGGGGAAAUCAACGGGCUGGCCCAUCGCCAUUCGGGUCACAGCCCCGGCAACUUCUCGCACCUUCAUCAGGUGUACCACCAGCGCCACACCCUGCCGCCGGAGCGUGAACUCAGCGGCGCAGGGAAUGGAUUUAAUUACCCCGUCAUCUCGCCACUCCUCACUCAUCUGGAUGCAAAGAGUCCGAAUCACAAGAGGCUGGUUGCCAUGGAGACUGUCAACAGGCUGCCACAGCUGGUGUUGGAACACGGUGGAUGUGUGGCCCAUCCGGCGCUACCCCUGCCGGGGGAGGUCCCAAUUGAGUCCUCGGGGGCGUGUCCGUACUGCAGCUACUACAAUCAACUGUGUGACCCCGAAAAUGCCAACGAGGGGCCCGACGACCAUCCGCGUGGGCCCUGCAAGAGCCCGGAGCCUUGCAGCAGCCCCCGUCUGGGCGAGGGGCAGGUGGCCCGCCCUGUGGGGGGGGCGAGGAGGCUGUGUGAGCAUUGCUGGGAGGAGCUGAGGACCAAACUGGAGCUGAUUGUGGGCAGCAGAUACUUCAAUAGGGGGAUCAUGAUCGCCAUACUUAUCAACACGCUCUCCAUGGGCAUUGAAUAUCACAAACAGCCACAGGAGCUGACUGAUAUUUUGGAGAUCAGCAACAUGGUGUUCACCAGCCUCUUCAGCCUGGAGAUGCUCCUUAAAGUCCUCGCUUUGGGGCUCUUUGGGUACAUCAAGAACCCUUACAACGGCUUCGACAGCAUCAUCGUCAUCAUCAGUGUGUGGGAGAUUGUGGGCGAGGCAGAGGGCGGCCUGUCCGUGCUGCGGACCUUCCGGUUGCUGAGGGUUUUGAAGCUGGUCCGCUUCCUGCCGGCCCUGAGGAGACAGCUGGUGGUGCUGAUGAAGACCAUGGACAACGUGGCCACCUUCAGCAUGCUGCUCAUGCUCUUCAUUUUCAUUUUCAGUAUCUUGGGGAUGCAUCUGUUUGGAUGUAAAUUUGGUCUGAGACAAGACAGCGGAGACACGAUACCAGACAGAAAAAACUUUGACUCACUGCUUUGGGCUACAGUCACUGUCUUCCAGAUCCUCACGCAGGAGGACUGGAACGCCGUCCUGUACAACGGCAUGGCGUCCACCACGCCGCUGGCCGCGCUCUACUUCGUGGCGCUCAUGACCUUUGGAAACUACGUCCUCUUCAACCUGCUGGUGGCCAUUUUGGUGGAGGGCUUUCAGGCAGAAGGUGACGCCAACAGGUCAGAGGCAGACGACGAAAGGCAGUCCCUGUCUUACGAGGACGAGGAGAAGCUGAGGGAGAUGUACGCCACAGAGCUGAAGAUCCAGGCCAUGAUCCAGAGCCCCAAUGGUCUCCUCAACCCGAAAGCCUCCAGGCCUCCUCCCCUGUCAUUGCCCGUCAUCACGCACACUGCGGCCACGCCCACCAUGAUGUACGGCCAAUUGCGACGCGCCAGCGCCGCUUCCAUGGAAGUUAACAGCCUGGAGGAGCAAAAGUCACCGCCCCCCUGGGACAGCAGGCCGGAGAGCCGGCGCUCCAGCUGGACCAGCAUGGGCCGAGCCCCCAGCCUGCACAGGAGGAGCCAAUCGGGGGAGAUGGAGUCCCUGCUGUCCGACACCCACACGGGCUCCUGGUCCAGCAGCAGAGAACAGUCCAUGGACCAGCAGGACUACCUGCAGGUGCCCAUGUUGCACACGCCCGACUGCAACGGUACCACCUACCACCUGCCGGACCACGACAACCACAACGCUCCAAACACGUCACUUUACCGCGGUCACCAGGACGACGAGGAGAUUGAAGAGACUCUGUAUCAAAAGCUGCGUAAGAUGUUGGCGCCGUAUGAGCCUCAGUGGUGCCUGGAGCAUGAAGAGUGGUCUCUCUACGUGUUCGCUCCACACAACCGCUUCAGGUUGUGGUGUCAGAAGACCAUCGGCCACAAGAUGUUCGAUCACGUCAUCCUCCUCUUCAUCUUCCUCAACUGCAUCACCAUCGCCCUGGAACGGCCUGACAUCCAGCCGCACAGCAUAGAGCGAGUGUUCCUCAGCGUGUCCAAUUACAUCUUCACUGUGAUCUUCGUGGGAGAAAUGAUGAUCAAGGUGGUAGCAAUGGGCUUCUACUUUGGAAAGGGUGUGUACCUGCAGAGUAGCUGGAACAUCCUGGAUGGACUGCUGGUGUUCGUGUCCAUGGUGGACAUCCUGGUCUCGGUGGCGUCGGCGGGGGGAAAUCGUAUCCUGGGCAUCCUCCGCGUGCUGCGUCUGCUACGCACCCUGCGGCCGCUCAGGGUGAUAAGUCGGGCUCCGGGUCUAAAGCUGGUGGUGGAGACUUUGAUUACGUCCCUCAGGCCCAUCGGGAACAUCGUCCUUAUCUGCUGCGCUUUUUUUAUCGUCUUUGGAAUCCUGGGAGUGCAGCUGUUCAAAGGGAAGUUCUUCUACUGCGAAGGCUUCAACGUGACAAACAUCACCAACAAAACUCAGUGUCGGGAUGCAGGAUACCGCUGGCUUCGGCGGAAGUACAACUUCGACAACCUGGGACAGGCGCUGAUGUCUCUCUUCGUGCUGUCAUGCAAGGACGGCUGGGUCAGCAUCAUGUACGACGGCCUGGACGCGGUCGGCGUGGACCAGCAGCCAAUCAGAAACAACAACCCCUGGAUGCUGCUCUUCUUCAUCUCCUUCCUCCUCAUCGUCAGCUUCUUCGUGCUGAACAUGUUUGUGGGCGUGGUCGUGGAGAACUUCCACAAGUGUCGCCAGCAGCAGGAGGAGGAGGAGGCGCGGCUGAGGGAGGAGAAGCGGCAAAAGCGUCUGGAGAAGAGGAGGAGGAAGGCGCUGGAGAAGCCCUACUACGCCGACUACUCGCCACUGCGCCGGUCCAUCCACAGCGUGUGCACCAGCCACUACCUGGACCUCUUCAUCACCAUCAUCAUCUUCACCAACCUCCUCACCAUGAGCAUGGAGCACUACAACCAGCCUCAGUACCUGGUGGACAUACUCAAGUACUGCAAUUACGUCUUCACGGUGGUGUUCGUCAUCGAGGCCGUCCUGAAGCUGAUCGCCUUAGGCCUUCGUCGCUUUUUCAAAGAGAGGUGGAACCAGCUGGACCUGGCCAUCGUGCUGCUGUCCAUCAUGGGAAUCACGCUGGAGGAAAUCGACCUGAACGCCUCGCUGCCCAUCAACCCCACCAUCAUACGCAUCAUGAGAGUGUUGAGGAUCACCCGAGUGCUGAAGCUGCUGAAGAUGGCCACCGGGAUGAGGGCGCUGCUGGACACGGUCAUUCAAGCGCUGCCUCAGGUGGGGAAUCUGGGUCUGCUCUUCAUGUUGCUGUUCUUCAUCUAUGCAGCUCUGGGAGUUGAGCUCUUUGGAAAACUGGAGUGUUCCGAGGAGAACCCGUGCGAGGGCCUCAGCCGCCACGCCACCUUCGACAACUUUGGCAUGGCCUUCCUCACUCUCUUCCGCGUGUCCACCGGGGACAACUGGAACGGGAUCAUGAAGGACACCCUGCGGGAGUGCCGCCCCGAGGACCGCCACUGCCUCACCUACCUGCCGUUGAUCUCGCCCGUCUACUUCGUCACCUUCGUCCUGACGGCUCAGUUCGUGCUGGUCAACGUGGUGGUGGCCGUCCUCAUGAAGCACCUGGAGGAGAGCAACAAGGAGGCGGCGCUGGAAGAGAUGGAGGAGAGGCGGGAGCGCGAGGAGGCCAACAGGAGGAGCAGCACCGUGUCGCUGGGCGGAGACGCUGGCAACAUUGGGGACGCACCUGCCCAGGUGCAGGUGGAGGACGAGGGCCGUUGCCGUGGAAACCUGCUGAGCAUCGGCCGCAUGCUGUCAUUGCCUAGUGACAACUACACCCAGCCGCUCAGAUGUCCUCCAUUUCCUCCUGUUGGCGUGGAGAGCUACACGGCCUACAGCUACUCAGGCUCGGUGUCGUCACUAGCCUCCAGCGGGGGCGGCUCCCUCCUGCAGGUCCCAGGAGCGCUGCCCGCCUUCAGCCACGCCAGCCUGGGCUCGGGCCGCGUCGCCCGGCCCAUGAUCCGCCUGAGCAACUCCCCCCAGCAAGCCGGCCCGUCGGAAGGCGCAGAGGCCUGCCGCGGCGCCAACAGGCGGCGACUGGACUCGGCUCACAGCAUGGACGGAGGCCAGUUCAGCCCCGCCCGGGCGUCGCGCGCACACAGACUGAGCUCCGCCCACAGCGUGGACGGCUACAGGCCGGACGGCGAGCAGGAGCGACCCAAGCUGGUGUCGGGCUACAGCGUGGACAGACACCCCUCCCUCGGCCUCAGUCCUCUGCACGCGGCCAGCAGGGGGCGCUGUCACUGGCUCAGUCCUGAGGAGAGUCUGGACAGGAACAAGCUGAGCCCCUCCUACGUUCCAGACAGUUCUGUCCUCAAGAGACCCGCUUCGUUCCGCACCGCGAGCAGACAGCUGCGGAGACAGGAGGCCGUGCACUCUGACUCUCUGGACCAGAGCGGCUCAGCGGACAACGUGGCGGACGCCGACCCCCCUGCGCCCGCCGCCGCCUCCUCCUCCACGCCGCCCCGCCAGCGCUCGUCCAGCGUCCACACCUUGAAGUGCGCCCAGCCUCAGAGGGUCAUCUCCUGCAGGAGUCGCGGUCACGGCGACGGCGUAACAGGACUUGAACACGGACCCGUGUCAGAAGCGGACACCGUCCCCGGCGGGGACUCCCCCUCGCCGGCCCCCAGGUCCGAGGCGGGCCCCCAGCCGGACGACGCCGACGAGGAAGUCCGCAGCAUCAACACCUCGGCUCACACGCAACUUUCGCACAUGAGCAGACAUCUCAGCCAAUCGGUGUCUCCCGUGUCGGGCAGGAACAGGAAGGAGCGGAUGAGCCCGCCUCCGGGGGAGGAGCCGGUCGCCGCGGCGACCCAGCUGAUGGACAGCAGCGUGGAGCUCAGGAGGCGAACUUUGUCGUUUGACGCCUCGACCGUUCCUCCCCACCACGCCGAGUCCAACUCCAUGGACGAAUGAAAAAGCACACCAAAAGACUCGGACUACUUCCUGUUUGAGGCCACGCCCCCUGCCUCGUCCUGGCGUGAAUGUGUUGAGACUCCUCCCCUUCCUCCCAGUGCAGCUUUUUGCACACAUUUAGAGACGUCCUUGUUGUUGUCCUCACACCUCAAAAGCCUCGGUCUGAGUGCCUGAAAGUCCACAUCCACACGACCCCCGCGUCCUUCUGAGAGCUGGCAGCUGUGUCCAAUCUCUAAAAACUGUCACUAAAGUACAGUCAAACUCCAAAACUAGCAGUGAACUUGGAUAAGCGUAAAAAGGGUCUAUGGUUUUGGGGCUGGUGAGUUUGUUUUAGGGGUUCCUGUUUGAGGUUUGGUUAGGGUUGAGAUCAAGGUUGCCCUUGGAUGAAUUAGACCCUUAGACAGAAUUGGGUUACCCUGGUUAGGGUCGAGUUAGCACACUUGGGUAAGAUUUGUGGUGGGAUUUUCGGGUUGUAGGCUUAGGCUCGGGUCAUGGUUUGUGGUUGUAGUCCAUUUAGAGUUCCAAGACUAGCAUUGGGUAAGAGUUGGGUUAUAGGGUUGGGCUAGGUUCACGGUUUGUAGUAUGGGUUUGGUUAGGGUUAAAGACAAUUCAGCGUUCACAGGUUAGGGUUGGGUAAGAGUUUGGGUUCUGGUUUGGGGAUGGGUUAGAUUUGGGUAAGAUUUGUGGUGGGAUUUGAGGGUUGUAGGUUUAGGCUCGGGUCAUGGUUUGUGGUUGUAGUCCAUUUAGCGUUCCAAGACUAGUGUUGGGCAGGAGUUGGAUUUUAAGGUUGCAGGGUUGGGCUAAGUUCACAGUUUGUAGUAGGGUUUUGGUUAGCGUUAAAGACAAUUCAGCGUACUAAGCUUAGGGUUAGGUAAGCGUUAGGGUUCUGGUUUGGGGAUGGGUUAGAGUUGGGUAAGAUUUGUGGUGGGAUUUUAAGGCUGUAGGUUUAGGCUCGGGUCAUGGUUUGUGGUUGCAGUCAAUUUAGAUUAGCGUUGGGCAGGAGUUGGGUUUUAAGGUUGUAGGGUUGGGCCAGGUUCACGGUUUGUAGUAGGGGUUUUGUUAGGGUUAAAGACAAUUCAGCGUUCAAAGGUUAGGGUUGGGUAAGAGUUAGGGUUCUGGUUUGGCGAUGGGUUAGAGUUGGGUAAGAUUUGUGGUGGGAUUUUAAGGUUGUAGGUUGAGGCUCGGGUCAUGAUUUGUGGUUGUAGUCCAUUUACAGUUCCAAGACUAGCGUUGGGUAGGAGUUAUGUUUUAAGGUUGUAGGGUUGGGCUAGGUUCACGGUUUGUAGUGAGGGUUUGGUUAGGAUUAAAGACAAUUUAGUUUUCUACGGUUAGAGUUGGGUAAAAGUUAAGUUUCUGGUUUGGAGAUGGGUUAGUGUUGGUUUUGGAGUGUUGGGAGUGGGGGUGUUGGAGUGGGGGUUUGGUUAGUGUUGGGGUCAAAUUAAUAUUCUCGGGUAAGGGUGAACAAGAGUUAGGUUUCUAGUUUUGAAAUCGGUUAGAGUUGGGUUUUGGGAAAAGGUUUGGUUAGUGUCAGGUUUAAGUUAGCAUUCUAGGGUCAGGGUGGGUACGAUGUAGGGUUCUGAUUUGGGGAUGGUUCAGUGUAAAUGUUUGGUCUGGAGUUGAAGUAUUGGUUUGGCUAGGGUUGGAGUCAAGGUUAAAGUUAAAGUUCCAAGACUAGCGUUGGGUAAAGGUCAAGGUUAAAGUUAAAGGGUUUGUAGUUGAAGUCAAUUUAGCGUUCCAAGACUUGUGUUUAGUUGGGUAAGAUGUGGGAUUGGAUUUUAGGGUCAGGGUUUGUAGUUGGAGUCAAUUUAGCGUCCCAAAACUAGAGUUGGGUAAGAGUUGGGUUUGGGGUUGGGUUUGAAGGUCUGAUCUAUGCUGAGUGUAUUAGGAGUUUUAAGGUUUGGGCAAAGGUCAGGUUUUGUUUGCAUUUGGUUAUGGUUAGAGUUAAGUUAGCAUUCUUUGGUAAAAAAUGGGUUCUGGUUUUGGGGUUAAAUGGUUGGGCUAGAGUCAGGUUCGGGUUAGAGUCAAUUUAGUGUUUUAAGGUUAAGGUUGGGCAAGAGUUAGGGUUGAAAUUUGGGGAUGGAUUAGAGUUGGGUUUGGGGCAGGUCUGACGGUCAAAUUAGUGUUUUAGGGUAAAGAUUGUUAAGUGUUAGGGGAGGUUGAGUUUUAGGGUAUGUUCUAUGCUGGGGGUUUGUAGUUGGGGUAUAGUUAUGGUCAAGUUAGCAUUCUAGGUUAAGGAGUUGGCUGAGAUUUGAGGUGGAGUUUUAGAGUUAGGGCAAGGGUCAGGCUUUGUAGUUUGAGUUUGGUUAAGGUUAAGGUUAAGUUAGCAUUAUUUGGUAAGAAUUGGGGUUCUGUUUUGGGGUUGGGUUUUAGGUUUGUAUGGUUGGGCUAGGGUUAGGGUUUGGUUCAGGUCAGAGUCAAUUUAACGUUUAAAAGUUAGGGUUGGGGUUAGGUUUCUAGUUUAGGGAUGGAUUAGAGUUGGGUUUGGUUAGUGUUAGGGUCAAAUUAGCAUUCUCGGGUAAGGGUGGGCAGGAGUUAGGGUUCUGGUUUAGAGAUCGGUUAGAGUUAGGCUUGGGGCAGGGGUUUGGUAAGUGUUUCAAUUAGCAUUCUAAGAUAAGGGUGGGUAAGAAUUAAGGUUCUGGUUUGGGGAUGGUCCAGUGUCAGUGUUUGGAGUUGGGGUUUAGUUAAGUUUGAGAACAAGUUAGCAUUCUAGGGUUCAGGCUGGUUAAGAGUUAGUUUUGUCGUUGGGUAUUAGGGUUUGGUCUAUUGUCAGGGUUUGUAGUUGGGAUGUGUUUAGGAUUAGGGUCAAGUUAGCAUUCUAGGGUUUGGCUUGGUUAAGAGUUAGGUUUGGGGUUGGGUUUUAAGUUUUGUCUUUGGUCAGGGUUUGUAGUCGGGGCUCGGAUAAGGUCAAGUUAGCAUUUCUCGGGUAAAAGUUGGUAUUAAGGUUUGGGUUAGGCUAGCAUUUCUAGUUGAGUAGGGGAAGUUCAGUUCUGUUAUGGUCUGUGGCAUCGCCAAAGAGUUUGGCUCAAACUGUAAGAGGAACCAACAGACCCCGAAAUAUGUUGGGAUUAUUUUUGAUGCGACGAAAAAGGACUAUCUCAUCCAGGUCUGAAAGUUCCCCAGAAGGGCCGAUGGGCAUCCAGAGAGCCUGGACCCAGAACCAUGUUGGAUCCAUUUGGUCUAAUUUCAGGUUCUCAACAGCUCUCAGUAAGAUUGUACUUGAAUGCAGACACAAUAACAGGAAGUAUUAUCGACAACAUUUAUUUAGUGAAAAGUGUUUUCACCUGAGUGCAUUCAGUGGACUGGACUAGUUCUGACUUCACUUCCUGUUAGUAAACAAACAUAAUGAAGUGUGACCUGGGUUUUGGUUGUCUCUCUACCUCUGUCCCCCAGUCUGUCCUGUCACCUGCCUCCCUGCUUCCUCCUGUCUUUGUACUCUCAGGGUAGACUAGAUGACACAAGGCAAGUGUUGGACUGCCCCCUGCUGUUUGGAGGCGGAGUCUUCUUUUUUUCUUCUUCUUUCCAGCCUUGCCAGAGGACACGUUUGGAUCCUUUCCAGAAAAAUAAUACUUAAAAAAUAAAAAUUAAAAAAAAGUGCGUUGAAGGGCUUUUUCAGGUUGUGAGUGGAAAUAUUCUAUUUUAUUUACGCAGCGCCGCUGAUGUGAGGAAUGUGAGGCGGCGAUGGUUUGUGGUAACCAUGGCAACCUGAGGAGGACUUUCAGUGAUGCAAAUGUUGACAUUGUGGACGAUGACAUGCACAACAAUAAAAUGGGGCUUGCAGUCCUGGAAUAAAACUACUUCCUGUCGGA